AUGACCCUGGGGAGCGCCUGCAGCCCCGUGCUGGCAGCUCUGGUCCCCGAGGGCUGCAGGGAUGUGGCAGCCCUUGCCAUGGCAGCUGUCACCGUGGCAGCCAGCAUCACGAAAGUGGGGUUUGCUGCCCAGUCCCAGCCAUGCUGCCCACCUCCCAUUGCAGGCUGGAAUGGGAUCCUGCUGAGUCAGGGAAGCAAGGAGCAGAAGAGGCUGCCCGCCUUCAACAGGACCCUGGCGAUGCUCCAACAAGUCAUCAAGUCCUCCAACACUCACUACAGAGCCUUGGCCUGGUGCUACCUGGGGAUGCUGCUGGAAAGGAAAGAAACGUUUUCCACCACCCCAACAGGGACCCAGGACUGUGGCUUCUCUGAGACCAAACCCCUCGACUGCUUUGGCAUGGCGAUAGAAACGGUGAAAGACAACCCUCCCGUCCUGGCGAAAAUCUUCCACGUCCUGGGCAAGCAGGAGAUAGCCAAAGGGAUAUGCAGUGUGGCACUGGAUGUCCUGAGGGACCUGCAGCUCAGCCGGCAGGCGUACUGCACCCAGGCACAGGUCCACACGAAGAUGUACCUGCAAGAUGUGGAACGUGCCAGGAUAGGACAGGGCCCAGUGCCUGACAGAAGGAAGCUCGUGCACGCUAAAAAUGACCUCGAAAGGGUCCUCAAGGUUUGUCCAUGCCUGAGGAGAAACCUGGACAUGGGCCAGGUUUACUAUUACCUGAGCAUGGACGUUGUGCAAGAACUGUUCCUGGUGGAUGAAGCCCUGGACAAAGUCAUGGAGUUUGGCCUGGGUGAUACCAUACCUGAACUGCAGCUCUCCAGGGGCAAACGCCUGUGGCUUAAAAGCCAGGAAAGACUCGCCAUCGAGUGCUUCAAGCAGGCCAUUGAACUGGCCAAGGUGGGCUCUGCUGAGGCCUUGCGGUGCCUCCUGGAGCCACCGCUCGUGCUCUUUGGUCAGAAGCUGAAGACAGAGAUGCUGAUAAGGGAGGUGGGGCGGUGGGUUGAGAAAGCCAAGGAGACGCCUGAGCCGGAGCUGCUGGCGGCCUGCGGCAGCCUGAGCGGCCUCUCCUACAAGCAGCUCCCGCUGCGCCUCUACCAGGUCACCAGGAAGUUUCGGGAUGAGCCCAAGCCCCGCUUCGGCCUGCUGCGCAGCCGGGAGUUUUACAUGAAGGACAUGUACACCUUCGACGCCUCCGAGGAGGCGGCCCGGCGGACCUACGACCUGGUGUGCGACGCCUACCGCAGCCUCUUCCACCGCCUGGGCCUUCCCUUCGUCAAAGUGCGGGCGGCCACGGGCAGCAUCGGCGGCACCAUGUCCCACGAGUUCCAGCUCCCGGCGGACGUCGGCGAGGACAGGCUGGUGGUGUGCCCUGGCGGACAUUUUGCGGCCAACGUGGAAACGCUAAACGGGGAGCAAACGUCUUGCCCCACAUGCGGAGAAAAACUGACCGAGACCAGAGGGAUCGAAGUGGGGCACACGUUUUACCUGGGCACCAAGUACUCCUCUGUCUCCAACGCUGUCUUCUACUCCCCUGAGAACAAACCCCAGCUGGCAGAAAUGGGUUGCUACGGCCUGGGCGUUACUCGCAUCCUGGCGGCCUCCAUCGAGGUGCUCUCUACGGAGGACAGCAUCCGCUGGCCGAGCCUCAUCGCACCCUACCAGCUCUGCUUCAUUCCCCCCAAGAGAGGCAGCAAGGAGGAGGAGGAGGGAGCCGCGCUCCUGGAGCGGAUGUACGACGACCUUGCCGAAGCGCUGCCCCACCUUGCCGGUGACUCGGUGCUGGAUGACAGGACGCAGCUGACCAUUGGCAAACGGCUAAAGGACGCCAACAAGCUGGGUUAUCCCUACGUGGUCAUAGCCGGGAAGAGGGUUUGCGAGGACCCCCCCGUCUUCGAGGUGUGGAAUCAGAACGCUGGCAAGGUUUUGUUCCUCACCAAGGAAGGUGUCAUUGAAUUGCUGAGUAAAGUGCGAGUCCCUUGA